GGGCGGGGCGAGGAGGAGGAGGAGGAGGAGGAGGAGGCGGCUGUCAUGGCGGGGCAGCAGUUCCAGUACGACCACAGCGGCAACACCUUCUUCUACUUCCUCACCAGCUUCGUGGCCCUCAUCGUCAUCCCCGCCACCUACUACCUGUGGCCCAGGGACCAGCACGCAGAGCAAAUUCGCUUGAAAAAUUUAAGAAAAGUGUAUGGAAGAUGCCUGUGGUAUCGAUUACGGUUGUUAAAACCCCAGCAGAAUAUAAUUCCCACCAUAAAGAAGGCAAUUCUGCUUGCUGGAUGGGCACUCUUAUUGUUUCUUGCUUACAAAGUUUCCAAAACAGACAGAGAAUAUCAUGAAUACAACCCAUAUGAAGUAUUAAGUUUAGACCAAGGAGCAACUCUGCAAGAAAUUAAAAAACAGUAUCGUUUGCUGUCACUGAAAUACCAUCCAGAUAAAGGAGGAGAUGAAGUUAUGUUUAUGAGGAUUGCAAAGGCUUAUGCAGCUUUAACGGAUGAUGAAUCUCGAAAAAACUGGGAAGAAUUUGGCAAUCCUGAUGGUCCACAAGCUACAACCUUUGGGAUUGCACUACCAGCUUGGAUUGUGGAUCAGAAGAAUUCUAUUUUGGUUUUGCUGGUUUAUGGAUUAGCAUUCAUGGUUAUUCUUCCAGUUGUUGUAGGUUCCUGGUGGUAUCGAUCAAUACGUUACAGUGGAGACCAGAUUCUCAUUCGUACAACUCAAAUUUAUACCUAUUUUGUUUAUAAAACAAGAAAUAUGGAUAUGAAAAGACUUAUAAUGGUUCUAGCAGGAGCUUCUGAAUUUGACCCGCAGUAUAAUAAAGAUGCAACAAGCAGACCUGUAGACAACAUUCAGAUACCACAGCUCAUCCGAGAAAUUGGCAGCAUUAAUUUAAAGAAAAAUGAGCCUCCACUUACUUGUCCAUACAGCUUGAAAGCCAGAGUGCUCUUAUUGGCUAAUCUUGCCAGAAUGAAAAUUCCUGAGACACUUGAACAAGAUCAGCAGUUUGUCUUGAAAAAAUGCCCUGCUUUGCUUCAAGAAAUGGUUAAUGUAAUAUGCCAACUAAUAAUCAUGGCACGUAGCCGUGAAGAAAGGGAAUUUCGUGCCCCGUCACUGGGUUCUCUGGAGAACUGCAUGAAACUUUCACAGAUGACUGUCCAAGGCCUUCAGCAAUUUAAAUCCCCACUCCUGCAACUCCCACAUAUUGAAGAGGAUAAUCUCAGACGGGUCUCUAAUCAUAAGAAGUACAAAAUCAAAACAAUUCAAGAUUUGGUGAGUUUAAAGGCAUCAGAUCGUCAUAAUCUACUGCACUUCCUUGAAGAUGAAAAAUAUGAAGAUGUUAUGGCUGUCCUUGGUAGUUUUCCACACAUCACAAUGGAUAUAAAACCCCAGGUUUUGGAUGAUGAAGAUAGCAACAACAUCACAGUAGGAUCACUAGUCACGGUUUUGGUCACCUUAACAAGACAAACAAUGGCAGAAGUGUUUGAAAAGGAACAGUCAACCUGUUCAGCUGAAGAGCAGCCUGCAGAGGAUGGUCAAGGCGACAAUAAUAAAAUGAAGAACAAAGGAUGGCAACAGAAGGCUAAAGGAACAAAGAAGGCUUCCAAAUCAAAGAAGAAAAAGCUUGUCAAAAAGAAAGCAGCUCCUGUACCUCUGCAGCAAACAAAGCAGCAGAAGCAAAAGCAAGCAAAUGGGGUAGCUGGGAGUGAAGUUGUCAAGGAAGAAGAAGAAGAAGAAGUUUCUGAUAAAGGAAGUGAAUCUGAUGAAGAUGACACUAAUAGGGACUCUUUAAGUGACAAAGAUGAUGGAAGUGAUAGAGACUCUGACAGAGAACAAGAUGAGAAACAAAGCAAGGAUGAUGAAGCUGAGUGGCAGGAAUUACAGCAGAGUAUACAGAGAAAGGAACGGGCUCUCUUGGAAACCAAAUCAAAAAUAACCCAUCCUGUUUACAGUCUCUACUUUCCUGAGGAAAAGCAAGAGUGGUGGUGGUUAUACAUAGCAGAUAGAAAGGAACAAACUCUAAUAUCCAUGCCAUAUCAUGUGUGCACCCUAAAAGACCGAGAAGAGGUAGAACUCAAAUUUCCUGCACCGGGCAAACCUGGAAACUACCAGUAUACAGUUUAUUUACGGUCAGAUUCCUACAUGGGCUUGGACCAGAUUAAACCACUGAAGUUGGAAGUUCAUGAAGCUAAGCCAGUGCCAGAAAAUCAUCCGCAGUGGGAUACAGCAAUAGAGGGAGAUGAGGACCAGGAAGACAGUGAGGGCUUUGAAGACAGUUUUGAGGAAGAGGAGGAAGAGGAAGAAGAGGAUGACUAAACAUUACUAUGAACUAACUGUUUUACAUGGGACAAUUCUGCAAAUCUUUAACCUGGGAAAGGAUAAAAUGAAACUGUGUUAGAAUACGGAAGAUGGAUUUUCUUCUUCUUUUAGUUUCUCUAUACCAAUUAUGAGUGCUUUAUGUAACUUCCAAGUGGAAGUCUGUCAAUCAGAACCUGGGAGAUGCUUAUGGCUCUUUAUAGCCUUUACGUACAGGACGGUGCAUUUAUUCAACCUGAAAAUAAAAGCUUUUUUAUUCUAAAUGUC